AUGGAGACGCGGACGGGGUUUGGGCCCCUGGUAGUCCUGCUGUUGGCGCUGCUGAACUCUGCUCACGCCGAAGAUAAAUACUUUGUGGUUGGCGGUAAACUAGUCUUGAGGCCUUCUGUCUCCGUAAGUCUCACCAGCAUCCUGUGGAAACACAAAGGCGAUCUUUUGGCUGAAUGGGUGCAGGGUGAUCCUACGGUGACUUACUAUCGCAGCUUUAAGGGCCGCACAACCCUGGAGAAAACCACAGGACAUCUGGAAAUCAACAACAUGAGCAUGGCUGACCAGGGGAGAUAUUCACUGGAGAUCAACAACGCCGUCCACCCUCCGGAUUAUGAUGUUAAAGUGAUCAAGAAAGUGCCCCAGCCUGCCUUAUUGUUAGGGCCGCUGACAUGCACCCGUGAUUCGGACAGUUGCACGCUGACCUGCGGUGGAGACACUGCAGGGGCCGAACCCGUCACCUACAGCUGGAAGGAGGGAGACGGAGAGUGGAGCAAGUCGGGGAAUAAGACCAUGCAGCUCCUCAAGGAGGAGACAGCACAUGUUAAAACCUUCACCUGCCGGAUCAAGAACCCGGUCAGCCAGAAAGAAAGUGAACCCUGCAGCAAUCCGUUCUUCCAAGAGGAAGGGUCAGUUGGGGUGGCCGUCGGUGUCAGCGUCUUCAUGUUGUUGCUCCUCUUAAUUGCGGCUGGGUUGGUAAUUUGGAAACGGAAACGUAUCUUGGAGUAUUUCUUUAGAAAUAAGAAUGAACAAGUCCCUCUAAACGCCUCGGGUUCCACAUCUGGAAAUGGACAGCCGGCGGUUUCUGUUGAAGUUCCAGCCAAUGAAAAUGAGAUUGAACGACUCCCUCUAAAAGACUCUGGUUCCACACCUGGAAAUGGACAGCCUUCUCCUGAACCUCCAGCCGACUCUCAGACUGAACGACUCGCCCCAAAAGAGUCGGAUGGAGGAGCUGAAGCAUGAGGCUGUGGAGCUCCUGUCUCGGGGUCUCGGGGUCUCGGGGUCAGCUCCAUAUACAUUAAGGGAACAGGUGUUGGCGUUGACCUGUGUGUCGACUGUUACUCGCAAAGCGGAAUCAUUUUCAGACUUCAUUCGCGAAACAAUACAGUUGAUGGGGACAAACAUGAUGAAAAUGUGAUUAUAUUGUAUUGCUUUGAAACAGCAACAUGUAUAUAGAUUGUUACUAAUACGGCUGGGCGAUUUGGGCACGGAAAUAAAACUGAGAGAGGGAAGAUGGACUGUAACUGCCUUUUAGGGUCCACUUCGCUGCAGCUCAGUAUUACGACAAUCCCAUGUGAUCCAAACAAAAUAGGCUUCUAAAAGGUGAAAUAUUAAAUCUCCAAGCUCUUAAAACAAAACAAAACAACAACAACAAUGCUGUGUGAGUUGAUGAACUGAGAUUCCCAGUAAUAAACACGAGGAGCUGUGUUUUUUAUUUAAACUUGAAGAAAUCCAAACACAUCAUUGUAGCUCACCUUUUGGAGUCGGUGAUUUUGUCCUGCAUCACUUGGUAGUUGAAGAAGAGGCAGAUUGAUUGAAUGCAUGUUGUAUAAACACGUCAUAUCACACAUGCUUCUGUGCUGAUGGCAUGAUGAGUGCAUGUUCAGUGCCAACAGCAUUUGGACCAUCUGUAAAUUGCAUUUGUUGGGUCUCUGUAAUUAAUAUUAUAAAGACUACGAUCUUGACCUGCUCUAUAGGAAAAGUGCAAUAAGAUCUAUUCAUAUAUAAAAGAGAAACAGAAACUAAUCUGGCUCAAUCUGCUUAAUGUUAUAGGACUGUCAUUGUUUUUUUGAAUGCACUUCUGUGAUCAUGUAUUUGGCUUUUCUUAUUUUUGUCCUCUUUUGAAUUAAGUCAAGCGCCUUCUUGUUUUGGACUGAUAUAGAUAAGGUAAAAAAAAAUAAAAGCACAUGUUUUGUAUUUAUUGUAGUUUAGCAUUUUAACGUUUUGAUUGGCGAGUGAUUGUAAAGUGCCUUUUUUUAAAUAAAUCUGUCUCACCGCUA